AUGUCGAACACAAGUAGUGAUGCGUUAUCAGCUUCUACAUCCUCCUUCGUCACUUCGUUAGUGACGAAUAUAGUGGUUGCGGGGAUUGAGCUGGUGGCGUUUAUAGUAUUUAGAAGAUGGAUAAAAGCGAUAUACGAGCCAAGGACAUAUAUUCCUCCAAAGGAGAGUCAAGCGAUAGUUUUAGGGAAGAACAUAUUCACGCCUUUAUGGCAUAUAAUCAUGGCUGAUCCGGAAGAGAUCCUUCACAAAAACGGAGUAGACCCAUACGUUUUCGUUAGAUUUUUAAUCAUGAUGUCAAAAGCAAUGAUACCUAUAUGGUUGUUAUCGUGGUUGAUAUUACUUCCUGUGGAUUCGGCAAAAUCUACCGUUGGUCAAAAAGAUGGUUUGGAUAGAUUCACUUUUGGUAAUGUCGCCAAAGAUAAACAAAGUAGAUAUUGGGCUCAUUUAAUAUUGGAUUACGCGUUUAUAUCCUGGUUCCUUUGGCUCAUUUGGGGAGAAAUGCAACAUUGGCUUGUUGUAAGACAAAGGCAUCUUAUCAACCCAAGUCAUUCUAAACUUGCUCAGGCGAAUACCGUCCUGGUCACAGGUAUUCCUAAACAUUUUUUGGAUGAGGAGAAACUGGAGCAGCUAUUCCAGCAUCUACCAGGAGGUGUGAAGAGGAUCUGGCUUAAUAGAAAUCUCAAAGAAAUGCCAGAUUUAUUCGAUCGUAGGACUGUGGCUGUCAACAAGCUCGAAUCCGCUCAAGUGAAUCUAAUCAAAUUUGCUAGAAAAUGGAAAUUGCAAAAAGAACAAAAAGCAGAAAAAUUAGAACACAAGAAAAAGCCUAUUCCCGAAUCAUUAACAGGACCUAAUAACCCUCAAUUGUUACCUGGUAGUGAUGGACAAACGCCUUCUGGACCUCAUGGACCUGCGAGAGUCAUACAUCCCGAUCCUGAACAAGGUGAUGAAAGAGAACCACCUUUCCCGUCGAUUGAAGAAUUAGGUAAAGCGGAUCAACUUGUACCAAGAACCAAGAGACCAACCUAUAGAAUCAAACCUAAAUGGGCUCCAUUCGGUUUAGGUUUUCUGGGAAUAGGUCAAAAAGUUGAUACGAUUGAUUGGGCAAGAAAAGAAAUCGCCUAUUGUUCAAAAGAAUUGGAAAAAGGUAGAAAUCAAUUAGAAGCAGAUAUUGAAAGUCCAGGUACGAGUAAUGAUAAUUAUCCACCUCUAAAUUCGGCUUUCAUCCAUUUCAAUCAACAAAUUGCAGCUCAUAUGGCUGCUCAAUGUUUAACACAUAAUCAACCCUAUACUAUGGCAGCUCGAUAUACCGAGCAAUCACCUUCUAACGUCAUCUGGAGAAAUUUGAGUCUGAAUCCAUACGAACACAAAGUUAGACAGGCUCUAUCAUGGGCCGCUACGGUCGGUUUGAUCUUAGCUUGGGCUACACCGGUUGCCUUCGUCGGUGCUCUAUCUAAUAUCAAGACUCUUACGGACACGUAUCACUGGCUUGAUUGGAUCAACGGUUCUUCCUUCGGUAAACAACUUUUACAAGGUGUUAUCAGUGGUAUCCUACCGCCUGUUCUCUUGGCAGCUUUGAUGGCAAUCUUACCUAUCGUCCUGAGGCAAUUAUUGGCAUUUGAGGGUAUACCAAGUAAGACUGGUGUGGAGUUGAGCUUGAUGACGCGAUAUUUCAUUUUCCUCGUCAUCCAUACCUUCAUCGUCGUCACCUUGACUUCUGGUUUGAUCAGUUCGGUCAAAGCUUUCGCAGAUAAUCCAGGAUCAAUCGCUACUACUCUUGCGUCUCAAAUGCCCACUGCCUCAACAUUCUUCAUCACUCUUGUCUUGACCCAGUUUACUGGUACUAUGGGUACUUUGCUUCAGAUCGUCUCACUUGUUCUGUACUAUGUCAAAAUUGUGCUUUUUGGUGGAUCUCCUCGAUCCGUAUACCGGUCUAAAUAUAAGCUGAACACUCAAAACUGGGGUACCACUUUCCCUGGUAUCACUGUCUAUGCUGUUAUUAUGAUAGCAUACAUGGUGAUAUCCCCGAUCAUCAAUGGCUUCGGUGCGGCUUUCUUCCUUUUCGCAUAUCUGGUCUACAAAUACUUAUUCAUUUGGGCGCACGAUCAACCUCCUGAGACUGACACGGGAGGACUUUUCUUCCCUAAAGCUGUUACUCACCUUUUCGUGGGCAUGUACAUCCAAGAAGUCUGUAUGGCGGCUUUGUUCUUUUUAGCUAGGAACGAUGACCAGAAAGCAAGUGCUAUCCCUCAAGGUGCUUUGAUGAUCGUGUUGAUUGCUUGUACUGUCGCUUUCCAUUUCACAUUGAUCAAUUCCUAUGGUCCACUCAUCAAUUCGCUCCCUCUGUCUCUUGCCCAUUUGAGCUACGGCAUGCCUACAGAAAAGGGGCACGAGCAAAGUUUCAUUGGAGAAGAUUAUGAGGAAGGUGCUCAAAAGCCUGACGCAGAUCCGGAAUUCAACACAUCCAAAGAAAGACUGACUCUUAACGCGGCAGGGCAAGGAAUGUCUCUGAAUGGCAUAACGCCUUCUUCAUCAAACAAUUCACGUGGAAACCAUGUUCCGUCUGGGAUGUAUGGUGGAGAAAAGAGUGUUGAAAAUAGGGAAAGGAUGGAAGAAAUGAACACACCCACUCAAAGAGAUUUCGCUUAUGGUACAAAUGAAGAUGAUGUUGAAAUGGGAAUUAGAACGAAGUUCAACCCAGAUUUCAAUCUGAAUUCGAAACCAAAUGAGAGUAGUCAAAAAGAUGAUUUCACAAUAUCAUCACCCACAGCACCUGGACCACCCAUCACGACGUUCCCAUCUCAUGCAUCUUCAACAGAUAGAGAAAGACCAAAUUCGUUGAGAUCAAGAAGAUCAACAAAGAAUGUGAAUGCAAACAAGAACGCAUCAGGAUCUGAACCUGGAUCGAAAUCAGAAACAUCUGAAACUGUUUAUUUCGCGAUUCCAGGUGGACCAGGUGUUCUCAAUCGACAUUUAGAUGAUGGUAAUGAUCCAAGAGCAUUCUUCCAUCCUGCAACUAAAGAAUCUCAAAGAAUCAUUUGGUUGCCACAAGAUGAUUUAGGUUUGUGUCAAGCUGAAAUUGAGAGGAAUGAGAAAGAAGGUGUUAGAAGUAGUAUGAAGAACGCUUGGUUAAAUGAAAAGGGCAAGGUGCAAAUAUCCGGACCACCCCCUGACGAUCUAUAA